ACUGACAAUUUAAUAAUUAAUCAAUUAUCUUCACAAAUUGGUUGCCCUCUUUGUGGAUUAAUCGAAAGAGGAAUAUCUACAGAAAAUAUAUUGAUUGAUAAAUCUACACAAUUUGAUAAAAAUUCUGAUAAAAUAAAUUUGAUGGAAGUUGGUGUUCAAACAGAAUAUCAAAGAUUUCCAUUCAAUUCCCAUGGUAAAAAGAUACAAACUAGUCAACAAAUGUUAAUUAGUCGACCAGCACAAACCCAAUUAAGUAGUACAUUCCAAAAGAAAAGUUUUAUGGGAGGAGAAGAAAAUAUUUCUGCAUUAGAAGCAGCUGCUCAUGGAAGUAAUAGUCAAUUUGCAAAUAUACAAAAAGAAAUGGUUGAUUUGAAAAAAGCUUUUGGGCUUGAAGAUGAGGAAGUUAAUAUUUUACGUGAAAAAUUGCUCAAAUUAAAAACACAAAAACAAAAGGAAAAAUUACAGAAGCAAAAAACAAAAGAAGGUUUUGGACUAACAUUUUCAUCAACUAGCUCUUCAGAUGUUGAUGGAGGAGGGUAUUUAACUAGAGAAGAUAAGUUAGCUUUACUUAAUGAAAUAAAAAUGAUUAAGAAAGAAAGAAAAAUAAAUUGGAAAGAAGAAGAAGAGGAGGAGGAAGAAGAGGAAAGUACUGAAGUUGAAGAAGAAAUGGAUAUUUUGAAUAAAACAAAAAGCAAAAGAAAAUUGAAAUAUAAAACAAAUAAAGAUUUUACUUUGCAAAUUAGUCAACCUAUUAAACCUAUUACUCAAAUAAAAAAUUUUGGAAGAGAAAAUUAUGAAGAGACAAUUUUGGAUAUUCAAUUAAUUAGAAGUCCCUUCUUUGAAACAAAAUAUUUACCUCAAUCUGAAGAAAGAUUAGUAUUUGAAGAAAUUUGUUUCUCAUGCAGAGAGCCUCAAUUAAAAUUUGAGGAAAGACGAAGAAUUAAAAAAUAUCAGCAAGAGAAGAAAGUUUUGGAAGAGAAAGAAGGGUUAUUACUUUUGGAUAAAUUAGAAAAUUUAAAUACAAUUUUUUCGGUAAUGGGUGAAAGUGAUUCAACAUUAAUCUCUUCUAAUGGAAACGAACAAAUGAGUCAAUUUAUGAGUGAAACACAAGUACAAACUGAAUUAUUUUCUGAAUUAAAUGAAGCUAUGAAAUUAAUUGAAAUGGCUAAUUCGAAAGGAAUUAAUUUAAAAGAAUUAAUAAAAAUAAAAGAAGAAUUAAAAACAGACCAAAAGUGGACACAAACAGACUAUAAUUAUUUGGAAUUAAAUAAACAAUUAAUUGAUGAAGAUAAGCGGAAAAAAUCUUUAAUGGAAAAAAUUGUCAAUCUUUGGAGAGGUAAAGAAGGGAAACAGUCAACGGAAAAAGAAGCUAUAAUUAAAGAAUUAAAACAUCAAAAAACAUUAGAAUCAACUCUUCCCCCAAAAACAUUUUCAAAAAUAAAAAAGGAGAAGAAUAUGGAGGAAAAUAUUAAAAAAGAUGAAGAAUCUUCAAAAAUUCUUCCUUUGGUCAAAAAAUUUGAAAAACCGAAUAUUAAUGAAGAAAAGAAUGAGAAUACUAAAAUUACAUUAAAGAAGGUUAAACAAAAAAUAGAAGAAGGAAAAACAACAACCUCAAGCAGUACUUUCAGUAAAUCUAACAAUCCUGUUGUUGCUUCUGGCCCAGCUUCCCUUCCAUUUGAUCUUUCCGAUAUUAUUUUAAUAACAAAUAAACAAUCUGGCUUAAUUGAAGCAAUGAGAAGAGUACCUCAAAGCCAUAUUACAAAUCAACAAUUAAUUCCACUUAGUUCACAUGAAUGGGCGAAACUUGUUAGCCUUUUUCCUGAAUUAAUUAAUGAUAAAUUUGUUGGGCAAGGUUCCUCAAUUAAACAGCAAUCAAGUGUUUUAUUAUCUAAUUGGCAAAAAAAUAUGAUAGAAAAUGUUAAAGGAAUUAAGGGAAUAAAAGGUAUUUUAAGAUUUAAUAUUUGCAGACAAUCCGCAAGUUCGAAAAAAUUAAAUUUUUUAUUUUUAAAGAUGAAAAAAGAGAAGGAGAAGAUAUUAAAAUGAUUC